GCCACUGUCAACUUUAAUGGAGAAACCUUUGACAGCCCAACCUUCUGCUCCACGCUCAGACAGGCAGAGCAUGCCGCUGCCGAAGUAGCUUUGAAUACCCUCUCAAAGCGAGGCCCUUCUAGGUCACUUGCUGCGAAAGUUCUGGUAUGCAUCCAAUAUGUUGGCUUCUCACAUUGACUAUCUUAAUUUAGAUUACUAAUUGUUACCAAUAGAUAGGUUUGACAUCACUAUAGGUUUCAAAAUUUUAGUUCACAUAAUAUCAUUUAUUGAUCUUGCCUUCGAGAUUAUUCAUUGAUUGAUUAACUACAAGUUCAAGGUCUUAGAUUAUUGGUGGAUAACAUUGUCAAAUAAUUCCGCAAAUAUUUUGUUUUUCAUCUGAAUAUGUUGAAUUAACUUCUCGACUACACUACAAACAUGCCUUUCUUUUCUUUUUAUUCUCUUGGUCAAGGAUAUUUUCACCUUACACAUCUCUCAUGUUUUCUAUUUGCUAAGGAUUAUAAUUCCAUUGGUGGAAUUUGGAUUUGAUAAGUAUUAUAUAUAUCAGCGCUUCUAACUUUCUGCAAGUUUACUUAUACAUCAGUAAGAUCAUUAUCUUUUCCCAAUUUAGCAUUUUUUUUCUUCAGAAUACUAUUUUGCCUCACAAUGCUACUUUGCCAAGUUGAAGUUACUUCACAGGAAAGAGCAAUAAAAUGAAGAGCCUAGUCAAGGAAAACAAACAAAUCCUGAGAGGUGCAGUUAAAGAGGAAUUUUGAGUUUGUUAUAGAAUUCUAAUUGGGAUGAAACAUAAUUUGUUUAUCAUGAUGAUGAUGCUUCAUCCACAUCAGGCACAUGAUGAGACUGGAAUCUACAAGAACUUACUGCAAGAGUCAGCUCAUAAAGCCGGCCUGAAGCUGCCUGUCUACACAACUGUUCGAUCUGGAGCUGGUAAUACACCAAUUUUUACCUGCACAGUUGAGCUGGCAGGAAUGAGUUUUGCUGGAGAUCCUGCCAAGACCAAGAAACAGGCUCAAAAGCAUGCUGCUAUAGCUGCCUGGUCCUCACUGAAGCACCUGUCACAUUCAGGAACCUCUUCUCCCUCUACAUCUUCACAUUUAGAAACUGAAGAACAAGAACAGAUGGUUGUGGCUAGAGCCCUUGCAAAACUGCAUCAAUCAGAAGAAAGCAGCCCAUCGUCUCCGAACGAUCGACAGCGAAGCCAGCAAAGACCUGCUUCGUGGCGAAACCCGCAUCCAACAUCCAAUCUGUGCUUCUACCCCAUGCCUCCCCAGAACUGGGUGUACCCUAACUUCGCGUCUGAAGCAGCCAUGUACCAAAUGUGGCAUCAAGCGCCUCCCCUGCAUACCAGGGAUCCUACUUUUAUCCCAGUUCAGCAAAGUGUGUACCAGCCAAAUCAGGUUUCAUUCUUACCAUCCGUCGAUCAAAACCAGCUUAGUUCUCCGUAUUUGCCAGUGUACUUCUCGGACUAUUCUGCCUCUGUUCCACUCGGAGGAGGUCGAUAUCCGGCAGUCCUGGGUAAGACGCAUGAGAAGGAUGUCCAUGGAGAAAGGAAAGAAAGGGGAAAUUCUCAUCCAUCAGAUGUUGCAGAUUCCUCUCGCAGUACUGAUGCAUCGAGAGCUCAGAAGCCACUUCAAGUUGAAGAAGCGAAAUGUGCAUCCUGUGGUUUCAAUUCUGAUCAUUCUGUUUCAUGCCCUUUCGCAGCUCGAGGCUCCGACGAUCUUAGAGAGCCUCAGGACAUGAAAGCUGAUCGAAGAAGCCAAAGGAAAACAUUCGGUUUGUUGCCGCGAGAUUGGUCUCCAGCUCCAAGCUACUCUUUUGUCUGUGACCAAGACAGGGAAUUCAGAAUUCCAUCAUCUUUGCGCCCAUCUGGUCCUAAAGGUUCGGCAUUGAGACCUCAAAUCUCGUCGACAAUUCAAACAGCUAUUCCUGGAUGUUCAGCUAGGUCUUCCCCGUGUUUUGUGGCUCCGCCUGUUACUGUGAGAUCGGCCAUACCGGUUUUUUCAGCUCCGCCGGCGACGAUGAAACCGGAAGCGAACCAGAAACCUAACCACGAGAAGGAAAUAAUAGCAGAUGUCAGUGCUAAAUUUGUUAAGCUCCGGAUAUGAGCCAACAGUUCGUCUAUCAUUCGGGAAGCAGCUUACAGACCUUGUCAAAUCUGAUUCAGUAGGUUGAACUCUCAUGUUUCGGAAAUGACGAUUUCUUACUUGAUAUGGAACGGGUUCUUUCCUCUGCAAAAUCUCUCCAACAGCGUUCUACGAUGAUCUGCCACCAAAAUAGAGGAUCUUGAGCCUCGGCGGCGGCGGCGGCGGCGGCGGCGGCGGCGGCGGAGAAACCGACCACGACGAACACCAACAAGAUCGGCUGCUGAUUGCUUCCUUCUCGGGACAUCCAGAUGGUAUCCACUGGUCGACAAAUCUCGAGGGCAAGAAAGGGCGCGCCGGCGUCGACAUCGCCGAUCACUUCCUUCAGCAGAAACCGACGGAUUUGGCCAGAAAAGGAGGUCGCUCUGUUUUUUUCCAGAAACAGGACUCGACAUCUUUUUAGGAAAAAAUUUCAAUCUACACCCUCCAAGUUUACUUAUUCAAAAAGUUCCCCAAGUUAGUUAACGGAAUAAUUUAAUUUUAUUAAAGUUGCAAACUGUGUGUAAAUGGCACUGAAGGAAGUUUAAAUGGCUGAUUGUACUUAAUAAUUAAGUUUAAAUUAUUUUAAAAUUAGCAUAAAA